AAAAUAAGUCGCUUAAAAAAGUGGCCAAAUUUUGUGUGUUACCCUUCUCUGGAUGUAACUUUCUUUACGGAAGGUAGAUGUAAUGUAACUUUCUUUAGUCUUUAUAUAUACCUCCUGCAUUUCACACACAAUUUACCACCAAACAGUCAAGCACAACCUCACAAGCACGCACGUUCUCUCUCUCUCUCUCUCUGCAUACCAUUUUCUUCAUCCUCCGUCAAAAUUUUCGAGUUUCCUUCUACCCAAAGAUUCCCUCUGUGUUGCAUGGCAGUUCAGUUGCUGACCCAUGAGGUGGCUGACAUCUGUCUCGGCAAACCGCCACUCAGGUCUCUUUCUAUCUCCGCCACCGUCGGCGAUGCCUUGGCCGCCCUCAAAGCCUCCGAGGACACCCAUAUCAGUGUAUGGAGCUGUGACCACUCCAAGAACAGUUAUGAUUCUGAUGACCACUGUCUAUGUAUUGGCAAAGUUUGCAUGGUUGAUGUCAUUUGCUAUCUCUGCAAAGGAGAAAACCUCUCUUCCCCAUCCUUGGCUUUGAAAUCGCCACUGCCUGUAUUGCUCUCGAAGACCCAUGAUCUGGUGAGGCACGUGGAACCCUCUUCGAGUUUGUUAGAAGCCAUUGAUCUCAUCCUCCAAGGUGCUCAGAAUCUUGUGGUUCCAAUAAAGAUCAACAUUAAAAACAACCCAAAAAGAAAACAACUCCUCCAAAAAUCAUCAAUUAGUCCCACCACUCACAAUGGCAUUGAGUUUUGUUGGCUUACCCAAGAAGAUGUGAUCAGAUUCCUCCUCAGCUCAAUUGGUUUUUUUUCACCCAUUCCCACCCUCUCCAUCGAUACGCUUGGCAUAAUUAGUACUGAUUUUUGCGCUAUUGAGUACGACUCCCCAGCCUCAUCAGCAGUGGAAGCCAUUUCUCGCUCCCUUGCUGACCAAACUUCUGUUGCGGUGGUUGAUGGUGAUGGACUUUUGAUUGGUGAGAUCUCUCCUUUCACCCUCGCCUGCUGCGAUGAGACAGUUGCAGCCGCUGUCACGACCCUCUCUGCUGGGGAACUCAUGGCCUACAUAGACUGCGGAGGUCCCCCAGAGGAUUUAGCAAGGGUCGUGGAGGCGAGGUUAAAGGAGAGAAAGUUGGAGGGAAUGUUGGAGAAAUUUGGGAUUCCUCAAUCUAGCAUUCCCUCCAAUAGCUCCUCAUCUUAUGAUGAGGAGUUGCCAUCCCCACAAACGACAUUGCCGAGGUCAGGGAGGUAUAGUAGGUCUAGUAGCUACUCGGCAAGGAUGGUAAACAGGGGAGAGGCCAUAGUGUGUCAUCCAGGGAGUUCUCUAGUGGCAGUGAUGAUUCAGGCGAUUGCAUACCGUGUGAAUUAUGUUUGGGUCACCGAAGAGGAUUGUACCUUGGCUGGAAUUGUUACAUUUUCUGACAUGUUGGAAGUUUUUCGGGAACAUUUAGAGUCCGUGGCCUAAGAAGAUGACAACCUCGGAGUGAAGCUAUGAUACUAUUCAAUGAUAGUGAAGGGGAAGAAAAUGCAGAGCCAAGUUGUGAUUGUGAGCCAAGUUAUUUGGUUGUGUAUCAGGUCUGAUUAUGGAUUUGGUCAAUUGUGAUCUUGCUCGGAAUCAUUUUGAUUUCUAUUUUUAUAUCAAAAAAUUGCUUUCGCGCUUAUAAUAAUAACAGAAUAAAAGACACAAUUCAGGCACGGACAGAUUUCAUUUUCAUCAGUCUCUAUCUAUCUUCUUUCUUUGAGCUUGUGCAAAAAAAAAAAAAAAUUUUCUUUCUUUGAGAGUGUUUGCCUUUAUUCUGGAUUUUUGUUGCUAUGAUCACUUCUAUCUGUAAGGACACAACAAAAUUGUACAGAACAUUAUUUGAUGGAGUCCUGGUGAUCUCACCUUAACCAUACCUUAGGCUGAAGAAUUUCUUUAAUGCUUCACUUUAGCAGGCUCUAUCAACUGUCAGAUAAGAGUAGACCCCUUGGGCUGUGCCUGCAAUAGUACUACUGUUCACCUGGCCUCUCGGGUUGUGAGAGUUUUUGUUCUUGCGUAGACUAGGUGAUGGCGUUGAGCAUUCUUCUUAUGAUUUGUUCAGUGCCCU